GGGCGAUUCGCCUAUAAAGCUCUUGUCGGGAACGCCGCACAGCCGUUCUCUCCAUUAAACGCCUUCCUCCCCUCUCCGUUGAUAUCUCUCAACAAACUCAACGUCGCCAUUGGAGCCUUCCUCCCUGUCAUUAAUCUCAGUUUCUCCGAGACGAUUUCCCGCUUUAAUUCCACCAGCCGUCGCCGUCCCUUCCCCCUCCGCCGUCGAUCCGAAACUAAGGAGGCCAAGACAAUUUCCAAGAGCUGGUAUAUGGCUUUCGAGCAGUACUUUGCUCAGGGAUGGAAAUCAACUCAAUCAGCACCAAUCGAGUCGGGAACAGGAAAUGCCAGUGGAUGCUUUGACUGCAAUAUCUGCCUCGACUUUGCCCAUGAGCCAGUAGUCACGCUUUGCGGCCACCUUUAUUGCUGGCCCUGCAUAUAUAAAUGGCUCCACGUACAGGGCUCAUCUCUUGCCUCCGACGAGCAUCUCCAGUGCCCCGUUUGCAAGGCCGAGAUCUCCCAUGAGGCCAUGGUUCCCCUGUAUGGUCGGGGGCAGGCCUCCCCAGAACCCGAGCUCAAAGGGAUGACAAUACCUCCAAGACCUGCGGGCCAGCCUGCCCGGGCCCUGACAUCUCCUACCUCCCAAGCAGGCCAACAGCUCCCCUACCGCAAUCCAUACCAGAACUCCCACUACAAUCUCAAUCCCUUCACAUCCUAUGAGGACGAGUCCUACACUUCUCCACCGUCAUCGGCUCUGCUUAAUUUUGGGUCAGCAGGGUUCCACCACUCAAUGGUGGGGAUGUUUGGGGAGAUGUUCUAUGCCCGGGUUUUUGGGAACUCAGAGGGGCCAUACGGGUACCCCAAUUCCUACCACUUUGUGGCGGGGAGCAGCCCAAGGCUGAGGAGGCAGGAGAUGCAGGCAGAUAAGUCUCUAAACAGAAUCUCCAUCUUCCUCUUCUGUUGCUUCCUACUGUGCCUCAUUGUGUUCUGAGCGGUGAAGAUUGUUUUGUUUCCACCCCUCUGCUAUGAGAAACAAAAAACAAAAAAAAAGAAGAAACACAUUUUGUACACUUUGUAAAGAUUAAUGUUCUCUUAUCCUCUUUUAUUAUUAAUAUCGGUAGACUGGAUAGGACUCUGUUAGAAGAGAUGCUGUUGUUAGAGCUGUCGUGCUUAUAUAAUGGAGUUGUAUUGCGAUCCGUCCAUUUUAAGGCAACUUGAUUCGAAUCCGUAAUAUGGGUUAUCUGUAUAGACCGCGGAAAGAAAAUGGAUUGGUUUAUCGAGCUUA